GGAACGUUCCAUAAAUAAUGUCGUCAAUAAUCAAAAUCAAUCCGUCAUGAGAAAUUUCUUGUGAGAACAACAAUAAUCUAAACAAAAAUAUUCAAAAGUAGUGGGUGGUGUGUUUUGUGUAUUUAGUGAAAUUAGGUAUAUUGAUUGUAUAAAGUGGACCAUAAUGCAAAAUGAUUCUGGUGAUGAUAAAGAUGAUUCAAAUGUCUUCAGAUUCAUUUCUGAAUUACGACAAGAGGCUCUGUAUAUAUCAUCCGAGAAGAACUUGUUACAAGAACUGAAUGAAAAGGUACGAAAUAAAACUGAGGAACUGCUUCAAUCCACAUGGGUUACUACCAAAAAGCGACUUUUUCUUCUACCUCAAAGGGAGUUUACCAUUCAAAAUAUUCAUGAAAUUGUUUCUAUCGGUGCGGCUCAAUUUGCUGAAGCCAAAAAUGUUGUUGGAUUUCAGAAUGCUGGAAAAUUGGGUGCCCUCUUGCAAAUAUUGAGAACUCAACCCGAACAAUUGGCCCAAUGGCUUAUCAUCGGUGAACAAUUAAACGAUGAACAAACACACUUGAGCAUAAUGCAAAGUAUAGUUUCUGGAUUGUACGCUUCUUUGAUAUUCCCGGAAGACAUAAACUACAUGCUGGUUUUACUUCACGAACUUGCUAAAUAUCAACUAUUCAGAAACGAAAAACCACAAAGGGCUCUUAAGCAACGUGCAAAUUCAUUUGAAUGCUUGUAUUACAUGUUUCAUGAGGUUUUAUUGUCUGCAAAGUAUUUUCUAAGUGGUGCAUUCGAAGUCCCCAUAUUGAGGUUGCUAACCAUUGAUUAUUAUUUGGAUAUUGAUCCACAUAAAAGUGAAAUGAGGUUUCACCAAGAAGAGAAUAUCAAGCUAUUAUUCAAUAGCCCUGAGGAAUAUAGAAAUGUUGUGGUGAAAAAAUUGGCUGCAGAAACGAAUGUUUUUAUUUCAGGCUUGAAAGAGAAUAGUCUAAGUUUUCCCAAACCUUUAGCAUGGCUUGCAUAUCAGAUAAGUAAAUUGAUUUCAGAUUCCUUCGAUGAAAAGGAGGCUAAUGCAGUUCUUGUAGAACUUAUUUUCACGAUGUUCAUAUGUCCUGCGAUCGUGAACCCAUUACAAUAUGGGAUUUGCGACGCACAAAUCACCCAAGUAUCAAGGCACAACUUGAUGCAAAUUGGUCAAAUCAUCCAAAAUUUAGCUCUUAUGAAACAUGAAUCUCCAGACCAGAGAGCCAUAGAUCUGUAUAGUUUGAUAAGUAAAGAUACUGUUGUGCAGUUGAUGGAGGAUAUUUUCAGUGAAAACAAGCACAAUAGUGCUCCAUUUUUAGAUGUAACACCAUUUAUUUUCAGAGACGUGGCACUGUUUACUGAACAAGAGAUCAGAUUGCUGGUUACAUUCCUACAAAGAGUCCAUAGUGAAAUAAUGCAAAAUGAAGUGUACAAAACAAAUCCAAUUCUAACCGAUUCGAUAGUUGGUCAGAUAUCUGCCUUGAGCAUAGAAAGCAUGGCAAAUUCGAUGCCUAAACAGAACCGGCUUUACAAUGGAAAUGGCGACAAUAACUAUAAAAGAUCCUCAACUCUAUUAUCCUUAGUUUCCAGAACAAAUUCAAAACUGCCUGAAGAAUUCCAAACAGUGCGUAACAUUGUGCUGCUGUUUUCUAUAAGGACCGACAGUAUCGAACCAGUUGGUAUGCUUUCUGAAGGAACGAUUAUAGAUAACGCGAAUUUGUAUGAGAAGGACAUCGAUGUUUCCGAGGAAAUGGAGAAAAGUGAUGAUAUUAACGAUGAUAGCAAAGUUAGUUUCACAUAUCAAGAUGAGGGUUCUAUCGGGAAUACUUCCGAUAACCUGGAGGCAAUUUCAGAAGGGGCUAGUAAUCACUCUGUUGCAAGCAGCUUAGAAAUGGAGAACGAGGAUCAGAACGACAAUUAUUCAGACAUGUUGUCUGCCAAUGUUUCAGGUAGGGGUACGCCUAACAUAUCGGGACGUGAUACACCCAGCUCCCAGGUUAACGAAAACGACGACAGAGGGCCAGCCGAGAAUAGGCAAGCUGAUAAUGCUCAACUACAACAGCAGCAAUCGCAGUUGAGUCGACAGAUAAGAUCUGAAAUAGACGACAAAUUCUGCAAGUUUGAAAUCAAAUUGCCAGGCCCUGGUAGGGAUGAAACGACUUCCCUCAUCUCCGAAACCUGGAGUACAGACGUUCUGGCAUCUGAUAAUGAGGCUGCGGAUGCAAAUGACUCCAGAAACGAACAGCAGUGUUUUUCACUGAUUGAUCAGCCUAUUGUCGAGGUUCCCAUUAAUAUGCUGGAUGUAUCAGAGACACAAAGUGAAAGUGCCUGGUCAACAGAUGUUAUGGCGUCUGACACGGAGAGAUUGAUAGAUGUUGACAAUGAUGACACCGGAAGUAUUGCUCAGUCAGACGACACAAAUAGCAUAGCACCCUCAGAUGACACUAGAUCGGAAACAGAUGAGAAUCUGACACCAGGCAGCCGGAGAUUAUCCAGCUCAUCAAACUCUUUCAUGAAUCAAUCGAAUUUAGCGUCAAAUUUCCAAGAAAUGAGAAGAUUAGAGAGUAGAAUGGAAGAAAAUGCCCGCAUGAAAGCGCAAAGUGUAGAGAAAAGCAGUAAGAAGGAUAGCAAUGCGAAUGUUAUCUUUAAACCACUGCCAUUUUCUUCCACACAAAACACUCUAACCUACAGUGAACAAACAACUGAAGUGAGGACAACACAGUCAUCUACUUGCUCAUUUGUGUCUAGUAGGGUGCAAAAAACAAAUGACAAACUGGAAAACAACUUGGGUGGAGCAAAUGGCUAUCAAAAGAUAUACAACAUGGAUAAUGAAUCGAAUGAGGUAUCUUUGUCCUACAUCAAAGAAAAUAGCACCAAAUACGAGGACAGGACUAAUGAAAUUCUUCUGAGCAACUGCAGUUUGAAUUCCAGUUCAAGUGGAAGUAGUAGUAAUAGUUUAGAGAACAAAACCAACAAUGAAAACUCUGAAAAAUGGGAACAUAAGCAGUGGAUGAACAGUUCACAAAGCAGUUUGAAUGUAACCUCAACACCCUCUGAAAGUACGAGUGAGCUGUCGGUUUUGAGUGUAACAAACUACAUCAACCCAGGUACUAUGAUGACUAAAAAAUCGACAGUUGUGAAUUCACGCACCACAAGAACUUCUUCAUCCACUGGAGCUAUACCCAAAAGCAUCAGUUUUGAUAUAAGCGCCGACAAGGGUGAUAAAUAUUCGGGGGAUGACCACAGGAGCAAGAGGGGUGGUUUCUUUGGUAAACUGAGAAUGGGAUUCCGUAACCGGAGAGGUAAAUCCUUCAGGAAUAGCGAUGAUUUGAGGAUGGAGAAUGAGGAGGAAGCUGCUUCUGGAAGUGGGUGUGGAUCUGGAAAAUCUCAACCUUUACAAGUCAAAUUCGGAAAUAAUAUGGUUAUUCCAGAUUCGUCUGAACAAAUAUUAGAAAAAUAUCGUACAAAAACAUUCGAAGAAAACAAUAGCAAUAAGAUGAACGAACAAACUCAAAAAGCUUCAAGAAUAAGGCGCAUUAGUGAAAGUACUAUCAUAUCCAAUCAAGGUUGCAAUACCUUCAGAGAUGUCAAGAAUAAACUCAGGAUGGUAUUAAGCCACUCAACUAUACAAUUACCCGGUGAUAUCAAGGUUUCUGAAAUGCCCCUCCAGAGUAAAAUUGAAACAAUUUUACGCAUUGAAUUGGGCAAGGCUCGAAAAAUGAGGCGUUGGUCGAGCGUUGCCAGAAUAACUGAAACACUAAAGUGUGUACAAUUGCUCAAUGAGAAAAGUUGCAAUAAAUUGGUCAAAUCCAUGAAGGACGAUAUUCUAAAACGAUCCAUUUACACUCAGUACCUUACCUCCUCAAGGAGAGAACUCUUGCUCAGUGAAGCUUUUCUAAACGGAUUGCAAGAACAAGUAUGUUACGAAAAAGAACAAUGUGAGGAAUACUUAGCAAUCUUAUAUGUUGAUGAUUUUCUGAGACAAAAAGAAAUGGAAAUGAACAACUUCUGCGAGGAAUUCAAGCAGCAGAGUUUAUCGGAUGAGAAAUGCGAUCUUCUGAACAAUUUCUAUGCUGAAUUAUAUUCCAGUAUGAGGAGCAAUGUUUUAUGGAAUGAAAUCUUGAAGGAAAGAAAAAACACCAUAAAGAAGGCCCUACAAAGGCACAUAAUCAGCAAAGUUUACGAGAAUGCUUUCUACCCCAAUGGGGAUGGCGACAGGGACAGGGACAGAGUAUUGUUUGAGCACAUAGAGAAACUAUCCCAUAUUAUUACACCGGGACAUAAAUAUAUGAUGAUUCAGAAAAAGUACCUCAGGGAAUGUCCCUGGUUGCCAGCUCAGGAUGCUCUGAGUGCUAUGAGCGCAUUCAGAACACCUAGAGACAAAGUAAAUUGCGUUGUGCACUGUGCGAAAUGUAUCAUGGAUCUUCUUUCGAUGGCUCAAAGUAUUUCAACGACAGCUGAUGACUUUACACCUGUUCUGGUAUUUGUCAUCAUAAAGUCUAAUCCUAUCAACUUACUCUCUACAAUUCAGUUUGUCAACAGUUUUUAUCAGAACCAACUGUGUGGUGAAGAACAGUAUUGGUGGAUACAAUUUUGUGCCGCCGUAGAGUUCAUCAAAACUAUGGAUUAUUCCGAUUGAAUACAAUAAGAAGGAAUUAAUAUAUUUGUAUUAUAUAUAUGGAUCUAAUUUAUGAAUUUUUUAUCUAUAGUUUAUUUAGAUACAGAUACUAUUGUUAUCAAUAAAUGAAGUAUAUUCAGA